CGGGGCGCAGGCUCGGAGCCCACCGUUCUCUGCCCGGAGGGCAUCCCAGCCCCUUGGCGGCGAGAGGCGGAGCCGGAGCCUUGGGGGUGGGCUCCAGGUGGGCUCUGGGAAGGAUGAAGCAGGCCCUGGUGGACGACACUGAGGACGUGUCCCUGGACUUUGGCAACGAAGAGGAGCUGGCCUUUCGGAAAGCCAAGAUCAGGCACCCCUUGGUCACCUUUUUCCACCUGUUUUUCCGAGUGAGUGCCAUCGUCACCUAUGUGUGCUGUGACUGGUUCAGCAGAAGCUUUGUGGGCUGUUUUGUCACUGUGCUGCUCCUCCUGUCUUUCGACUUCUGGUCUGUGAAGAACGUAACCGGAAGACUCAUGGUGGGCCUUCGCUGGUGGAACCAGAUAGAUGAAGAUGGGAAAAGCCACUGGAUUUUUGAAGCCGGAAAGGUCUCUCCAAAUAACGUGGCGGCCACAGAAGCUGAAGCACGGAUCUUCUGGCUUGGCCUCGUCAUCUGCCCGGUGAUUUGGAUCGUGUUCUUUUUUAGCGCCUUAUUUUCCUUGAAGCUCAAGUGGCUGGCCCUCGUGAUAGCUGGGAUUUCUCUCCAAGCCGCUAACCUGUACGGCUACAUCCUUUGUAAGAUGGGCAGUGAGAGUGACAUCAGCAAACUGACAGCCAGUUUCCUGUCCCAGACGGUGUUCCAGACGGCCUGCCCAAGCGACUUUCAGAAGCCUGGCCUCGAAGGGCUGGAGAUUCACAAGCACUAGGUGUGAAAGAGACAAGGAAGGGAAAGGCGAGACUGGAGGGAAAGAACACGGGGACUGGCCCACCCUUCCACUUCAAUGCCCGGAGGAAGAAGGAAAACAGGAAUUUACUCUUCCCUCAGCUGGUCUCAGUUCCUGUGCAUCUCACACACACAGUGAGCAUCUCACGGCAGUGUGGAUAAUUCGAGAGUUUACAUGUCUCUCCUUUUUAUGUAAUUAUAAAAACCCUGUGAGCUGUCUGGCAUGAUGCUGAAAUUACUGGAUAUAGUGUACACGUUACUAUACGAGGUGCAGACACAGACCCCCAGUUCUGUUUACACGGGUGAUUUAAGGGCUUUUCGAGGCUUUUUGACUACACCCAGCAGCAUCUGCACCCUCAGAGCAAGCCCCAGCGUGAGGCUCUAUUGUUAUUUUAAUUUCUCCUUACUCUGAAGAAUCACUAUUUGGACUAUGCUCUUUGAAACCGUGACUGUGUAUUUUGCAAUGAAGCCAC